AUGGCGUCCGAGAUUGCGUGUCUCCGUACUUUGUUUUAUCUUUUCGUACUCGCAAGCCUUCGCCGGCAAUGCCCUGCUAUCUCGAGUAUCGAUGAACGUCUCGCCCGCCUGCCUGUACCACUUGGGCUGCACAUCGCGGUCGCCUCCCCCCGUGAUGCCGGUUUUGCCGUGGGAUGGGCUAAGCCUACUGGGAUUGGAAAAACGACUGCCCUCAGAGCCCGUUCGGCCCGCUCGCUCCAGCAAGCGCCCGUCACCUUGCUCCUCCUCCUCGCCGGAGACGUUCCUCCCAAUCCUGGGCCGCGGCCCACUUGCCCCCGCUGUGACCGGCCGGUCCUCGAGAAUGUGGCUGCGCUGCAGUGCGACGGAUGCGACUCCUGGCACCAUCGCAAGUGUGAGCUGCUGUCAAUUAAAGCCUACAGGAGACUCUCCUCUUCAUCCACCGAGUGGUACUGCGGAGUCUGUGCACUCCCACCCCUGGAUGACGAUCUUUUCGCUCCGGCUCCGAGCAGCCAGCCCGCGGACACCGCUCCCCAGCAGCCCGCCUUGUCGCCGGCUCCGGUCGGCCCUUCACCUGGGAGCUCCCGCAUCGCAGUGUGGUUUUCAAACGUCCGUUCAGUGAAAAACAAAACACUUGAUUUCCAAGCGUUGGUCGAGGCGGAUCCAGACACAGUCUUUGGUCUUUGCGAAACGUGGCUCGACCCGUCUGUCCACGACGGUCAGCUCAUCGAUACCGCCAGGCACGUCGUCUAUAGGAGGGACCGUGCGUCUUAUGGGGGUGGUGUAUUGAUCAUGGUGCCCCAUCGACUGCCCUGCCGUCGGAGGCGCGACCUGGAGUCAGAGGACCUUGAGGCAGUCUUUGUCGAAGUUACACAUCGGAAGGGCAAGAUGUUGCUGUGCUGCGUGUACUGUCCACCUAGCACGCGAGCUGCCUCCUACGAUCUCUUGGGGCAAUCUCUGGCACAUGUUGACGUUUCGGCCUACUCCUGUGUCUGCGUCUUUGGAGAUUUUAACGCUCACAUAGACUGGUCUGACCUCUCUGCACCUGUCCCGCUGAGCCCGCACGACGAUGCUCUCCUUGAUGUUAUGGAAACGUCUGGUUUUGUUCAGGUGUGCGGUGAACCCUCAUACAGGUCGAUCACAGGCAAAGCGUCCUUCUUAGAUCUCGUGUUUGUGAGCAACCUUCCCCUCAUAACUGACUGUUCCAUCCAACCGAGCCUGACUGGGUCCGACCAUAACGCAAUCCGCUUUUCGAGCCUCUUGACGCUGCCGAAGUCUGGCCAUUAUUCUAAAAUGGUACGGAACUUCUCCAGGAUGGACCUGCCGCACCUGAACAGCCUCCUACAUCUCGCACCCUGGAGUCUGGUCCUCGACACUCCAUCUGUAGAUGAAGCUUACGACAUGUGGCUGGACAUCAUGAGCGCCAUUGAGGCAGAUUGUGUGCCUUCCAAGCAUCUGUCCGGCCGUCGGAGGACCCCCUGGAUCUCCAAUGAUAUUAUACGCCUCUCCCACAAAAAGAGGAAACUCUUCAGAAAAGCCAAGAAGACAAAUCGUCCAGACGUCCUUGCUGCAGCACGAAGAGCACAACGAGACCUGAAAAAGUUGGUGUAUACGGCCCACAAGGAGUACCUGUGCGUGGUCGCCGAGAAAGCUGCGCGCUCUCCCAAGCUUUUCUGGGCAUACAUCAAGAGCCAGCGCAGGUCCUCCUUUGUCCCAGAGUUCGAAAGGGACGGCUCGGUUCUCAGUGACCCUAAAACUAUUGCUGAGCUGUUCAGUGACCAUUUUUCCUCUGUAUGGGCUUCCGACGCUCUCCUAGAUGUGCCUCUAGCUCUCGGCACUCCCAGUGCCCAAACAUCUGACUGUAAUGUACCUACCAGGCAAGUGAUCACAGAGGACGACACUAAAGAAGCGCUGCGCUGCCUCAACGCUUCCCAAAGUGCAGGACCUGAUGGCGUUCACCCUGCAUUCCUAUGA